AUGGAUUUGAUAUCGUCAAUCUUCCCCUGUAUCCAGCGACGCAAACCGCUGAAAUGCUCCGGUCAAGAGCAAAAUGCCGCGCAGCCAGAGAGCGAAGAGUCUAAAGCCUCUUCAGCAGCUUCAAGAACCGUGCCCUGCAAGUCCUCGGCGAGGAUGUCGGUUCGGAUCGUUGAAGCAGUCGAUUCGCAGACUACCAUUUGCCCUGAAGAGCCCGGUAAUGACCAUGACGGGCUCCAGGAGAACGAGAACGAGGAACAGAGACCUCCUGUCACAUCCGUCGAGCGCAAAGACGCAGACCCAGACUCUGCCAAAGACUCCAAUGUCAGAGUCAUCCACAUGGAUCUCAGCGAUACCCCGACAACAACGCAAGACUGUCACAACCAAAAUCAAAAAGAACCACCGAUUCCCGCCCUCCCCCCGAAAACUGCAAAGCUCCCCGAGGUCAAAAGCCGCAUGAUAGAGAACAUCCCCGAGGAAAGCGACGAUGACGAGGGCAACACACCAUCGUUCGAGGACGACGCUACCGAGAAAUCAUCUCAAGACGCCAAACGCAACUCAACCUGGCGCCAGAGCUCCAGGAAAUCUCUCGUCGACAUCAUCAACCUCCUGCAAUCAACCACAAGCAACAACAUCAGCACCCUCCGAAUCAACAGCUUAAAGUGGCCUUUACCACCCAAAUCACCCCACCGGCCACGGCCUGCAACAGCUUUAUCGUGCCGGUCUUCGACUUCAUUGAGCUCCUCGGUAACAGCCACCAUGGAGUUCGAGAAGCUGACCCCAAUCGUCAAGAAAGAGAGACGGAUGGGAGCAGCGAUGCUCCCCAGCAUCCGACUUGGAGCCAGGAGAUGGAGCGUCAAUGACGGUGGCAUUGGCAAUGACAGCAGCAUGAACCCCAGAUGGCCUCGGCCUCUUUUUUGCGAGUAA